CUCCACUGUCUCUCAAAGGGCCGUACGCUUCUCUCGUUGAAGUGCUGAGCUCGCUUUCGCCGAUAGCGAAGGCCAUAGGGUAAGCCUGCAAGCAGUGUGCAUUUUUCCCGAUCAUCGACUUCCGGUGAACAGAGCCGCCGUGAAGGGACUGAGCGGUUAGGACGAAGAUGGUCCUCUUUUGCUCUUCCUUUCCUUUCUAAAUCCUCAACGCUCGGGGAAACAAUGGAGGGUAUCAUCUAUUCGAGCUUUAAAGGAUCUCCGAAUCUUUCAUGUUUGAGGUUGAUUUCGGCGUGCAAAUGGCAGAAUGACACAUCUCUCUGUUCUUUCCCCCUCGUCUUCUUGUAUAUAGGAAUGCAAUUGUUGAUUUCGUAAUUCGUGGGAGAAUGAGGAGAUUUUAGCUGUUAAAAUUGACAGAAAAUUGAGGAUUACUGCUACUAGACAAGCCUCUACUGCAAUGGGGGAUUACGAAGUUAUUGGUGAAUUGCCUUCUCAUAAGGCAAAUAACUCUAGAAAAGUUUCAGUUCUUCCUCUUGUAUUUCUCAUUUUUUAUGAGGUCUCUGGGGGUCCUUUUGGUGUGGAGGAUACCGUGCAAGCUGCUGGUCCUCUAUUAGCUUUGCUUGGGUUCUUGGUUUUCCCAUUCAUAUGGAGUAUUCCCGAAGCUUUGAUUACUGCUGAGAUGGGAACCAUGUUCCCAGAAAACAGUGGUUAUGUGGUUUGGGUUUCCUCAGCUUUGGGUCCCUACUGGGGGUUUCAGCAAGGUUGGAUGAAGUGGAUAAGUGGGGUAAUUGAUAAUGCCUUGUACCCAGUAUUGUUUCUUGACUAUCUGAAGUCAGGAGUCCCGGCUUUAGGGGGUGGCAUGCCAAGAACCGUUGCAGCAUUGGGUUUGACAGUUCUUCUUACUUACUUGAACUAUAGGGGUUUAACCAUUGUGGGAUGGGUUGCUACUCUUUUAGGGGUUCUCUCUCUCCUCCCUUUUGUGGUAAUGGGAAUUUUGGCAAUUCCAGACUUGGAACCUUCUAGGUGGUUCGUGACAAAUUUGAAUGGCGUGGAUUGGAAUCUAUAUUUGAACACUCUCUUCUGGAAUCUUAAUUAUUGGGAUUCCGUAAGCACUCUUGUGGGAGAAGUGGACAAUCCAAAGAAAACUCUUCCCAGGGCUCUUUUUUAUGCUGUGAUUCUGGUAGUUCUUGGGUAUUUCUUUCCUCUUCUAAUCGGUACUGGAGCUGUUCCUCUCAAUCAAAAGUUGUGGACAGAUGGGUACUUCUCAGAUAUUGCUACUAUUGUUGGAGGAGUGUGGUUGAGAUGGUGGCUUCAGGCAGCUGCUGCAAUGUCAAACAUGGGGAUGUUUGUUGCUGAGAUGAGCAGUGACUCUUUUCAACUUCUAGGGAUGGCUGAGAGGGGAAUGUUGCCAGAGUUCUUUAGCAAGAGAUCUCGAUAUGGAACCCCUCUCAUUGGGAUUCUAUUUUCAGCCUCAGGUGUGAUUCUGCUAUCAUGGUUGAGCUUCCAAGAAAUUGUAGCCGCGGAGAAUUUCCUUUACUGUUUUGGAAUGAUUCUGGAGUUCAUAGCAUUCAUAUUGCUGAGGAUCAAACACCCCAAUAUGCCUCGGCCGUACAAGAUACCUGGGGGAACAAUCGGAGCUAUUCUUAUGUGCAUUCCUCCAACGAUAUUGAUUUGUGUUGUGCUGGCUUUCUCCUCCUUCAAAGUGAUGGUUAUAAGCCUCAUUGCUGUGUUAAUUGGUCUUGUCUUACAGCCUUGUUUGAAACUUGUUGAGAAAAAGAGAUGGCUGAAGUUCUCUAUCAACUGUAAUCUCUCAGAUCUUGACAAUGAGGCGGGCUUGUCCUUGGUAGAUUGAUUUCUUCUGAUUCGAGAGAGAUGUGAAGGGAAGAUUCAAACCCAAAAUAAGAUGAUGAGGCCAAUAUAUGCAAAAUAUUCAGGUUACAGUCUCUCUGAAACACAAGAAGCAUUGAAGGGGAGCUCUCUUUCCACUUUCCACCCAAAGCUUUGCUUAGGCCAAUAAACUUUAGCUGUUUAUCGUCUUUGUUUUAAAUUUGAUGAUAAAUGGUCAGGCUACUAGAAAUUUGUAAGGUAGUUUUUAAAUAUCUUGGGAAAUGAAGUUAUUUAGUUUUUGUCCCCCCCCCCCCCCAAAAAAAAGAAGAAGUUAUUUAGUUUUCUUAUGAUAAUUCUUGGGCAUUCACUACAUUGGUUAUGCUAGAAGGGUAUGUAUGGUAGCUUUACUUUUAUA